CUAAAUAUAAACUUUGAAUUUAAAAUUAAAUAAUUAUUUAAAUACAAAACUCGUAUAAAUGGCCAAAGGCAAAAACAAAGGCAAGGGCCCAAAGCCAGGCAAGAGGAAAAUCAGCCUGUUGAAACUUUCCAACAAAAAACUUAACAAACUUGCAAAGCAGGGAAAACUUAAAAAGGCUGUUGGCAAAAAAAAGUUAGUAAGCUUACUAAAAGAGCGAACAUCGAAAAAGAAACUAGAUCGUAAAUCGGCCCCAGAAAGGGAAGAGCCGGAGGUUGAAAAUGACAUUCCGCUGCAAGAAGCUGACUACGACUACUAUGCUAAACCUGGAAGGAAUUUCGAUUUUCUGUCUGAUCUUGCUGUUGAUGAGUCAAGUAAAAAACUGGGCAGAAAAAAACGAAAACAGCAAGAAAACAACAUCAACAACUCUUACAAUGACAAAAUUACCAAAGAUUAUGAAUUGAAUGAAGGUUUGUAUGAACAAAGAUACAAAAACAACAACGACAGAAGCAAAAACGUUAAAAUUAAACAACUGCUUCCGUUCAAGUCCAAAGAUAAAGGAAUCAUACAUAGAUCCAUGGAGAUUGAACAGAAAUCAGAUGAUGAUGAGGAUGAUGAUGAUGUCGUCAACAAUGGUGAUGAUGAUGAUGACGUCAACAAUGAUGAUGGUGGUGAUGAUGAUGACGGUGAGGAUGGUAAUGAUCAAAGUAAUUCUCACCCUCCGAGAAAGAAGUCCAAAGUUGAAGAGUAUAUAGAUGAGAAAAUAAAAACUCAACAAUUGAAAAGAGGAAUUUCUAAUCUAUGCAAAUCAAUUUUACAGUCUAUUGACGAUAAUAUCGGGAAGUUAAACGAAGUUAUGGGGUAUUUAGCAGACGAGUACACUCAUUUUAUCC